CGUUCAACAACGAACGACCGUCGUCGUAUGCCGAACUUCAAGAUUGAGAAGUUCGACGACUACCACAAGACCGAUCUGCUGCAAUGGUGGACGGCAUUCAACGCAGAACCGGACGUACAUCACGUCCCACCACUGCGGCGGCUUGACGCACUCUACCUCCAGCUCAUCGGAGGGGCGCAAACAUUCAUGACGCACAUGGUCGUCACGUUGGAAUGCACCAUCGCCACCCUCCAUACCAAGAUCUCUUGGGAGGAGUUUGAGAAAAAGUGGAAGACCCGGUUCAUGGUCAACAACAACAAACGUCACGCAUUAAACAAGAUCUUCCGCAUCUUCCAAGGCCAACAAACAUCACGGGAAUGGCUGACGGAGUGGCAAAGACUCGUCGCCACCCCGGAGUUGAACCUGCCUUUCGACGCAAUCUGGGCCGAGUUCUUCGCCCGAUCUUGCGACGGCUUGACAUCUGUCCUUGGCAGCGAAUUCCAGUAUGAGACCUUUGAUGAGAUGAUCUCAAAGGCAAGGGAACUCGUACAAGGUGACCAACGUGCGGCCAAUGAGGCCCGUCAACAGCCUGGUUACGUGGAGAAAGGCAAAGGUCCGCGGAUGCCGCAAGUAGCAGUGAUCCAGCAAGGAUCUAGUGAGGACCGCAUAGCCGCUUCAACAUCGAGUGACGGAGAUGUGGCGGCAGCGAUACCACCGCAACGCAACGCUCAAGACCCCGUGGGGGGGAACACAAGGCUCGGGAAACCGAGCACCGCGGGAAGUGCAGCGACAUCACUUUCUAGUCCGCCGGAUUCGGCUGCCGUGCUAACAGUCUCUCUCACAUCCGGGGACACCGCGGUAGUUGCAAGUUCUCGGAUUGACUUCGAGAACUAUGCUGUCCAGCUGGUCCCGCCGUUGAACCAGCCUCUCCACAUGCAAGAUUCAAGCGCAUGUGCGGUGUUAUCGCCGUCAUACAACGAACCGGUUGCUUUGCCGGCCUUUCUAUCGGAGGAUCCGUCAACUUGGGUGAGUCUUGAAGAACUCGACCCGUUGACGGUUGAGGACUUCCAAUGGUUGCCUCUUCCCUCCACCGGUUCUUUGCCAACACCACAUUGCAACGCCCUGAUGGCACAUCUGCGCGAAUACUUGCACGCUGCAGUACCACCUCCGUCGACGGACGACGGAGUAGCGGUUGUUGACCUUCGCAGUUAUCUCGCGAAGAUAGACCGCGAACACGCAACACAACGGUACGUCGACAGCGAGACGCAACUCCUCUACAUCCGCAUUCAGAUCGGAAAGGCGACCUGCAGUGCCUUGAUCGAUUGUGGAGCGACUCGCAACUACAUCAACCAAGACUUUAUGGCACGCGUCGGGCUUGGCCCUCGCGUUCGAAGGAAAAGUCAGCCUAUGCACGUCAUGUUGGCCGAUGGUCACACACAAAAGUCAAUCGACUGCUGCGUUGACUCUGUGCCCAUGUACUUUGCCCCGCUAGCAUGCGAGGCCGUGUCAUUCGACAUAUUGGACACUAAGUUCGAUAUGAUCUUAGGCAUGUCGUGGCCGCAAAGCAAAGGCCAUCCAUUAAACUUUUUCCGACACACCGUUCACGUUUCUGAUCGGCGUGGCGAACUAGUUCUGUGCACGGUGCCGCUUCCUCAUCCUUCGAUUGUUUGUCACAUGGUCUCCACGGCGAGCAUUCGCCAAUCCAUCAGUCGGCACGACAUCGAGGAGAUGAACAUGUGUUUUCUUCACGCACUCCCACCCGGUGAUCAGCCCAAGACGGACACAUCGGACCCGCACAUCAUUGAGCUUUUGGACAGCUAUGAGGAUGUCUUCCAAGCUCCCGCCGGAGUAGUACCGGAUCGGCCCAUACGCCACAGGAUCACUCUCGAGGAUAGCGCCGUACCUCCGCGCAGAUGCAUUUACCGAGUGAGCGAAGAGGAACUUCAAGUGCUUCGGGCACAACUAGACGACCUCUUGGCCAAUGGCUGCAUUCGCUCUAGCUGUUCGCCAUACUGUGCUCCCGUUCUCUUCGUCCGGAAGAAGAACAAGGACCUUCGUUUGUGUAUCGACUAUCGAAAACUUAACGCGCAAAUGAUCAAGAACGCCGACCCUCUCCCUCGGAUCGAUGAUCUUCUCGAGCGACUUGGCGGCACCAAGUACUUCUCGAAGCUUGACCUCAAAUCCGGAUAUCACCAGACCGAGAUCCAGCCAAGAGAUCAGUACAAGACCGCGUUCAAGACAUGGUAUGGGCACUUUGAGUGGAUCGUCAUGCCUUUCGGUCUCACCAAUGCCCCAACUACUUUCCAAGCGGCUAUGACGACGCAAUUCCGCGAUCUGCUCAACCGCACCGUACUCAUUUACCUCGAUGAUAUCUUCGUUUAUAGUCGGCCGCUGGACGAGCACCUCAAGCACCUUCGCGCCGUCUUGGAGCAGCUCCGUAUCGCCAAGUACAAGACAAACCGCGAUACGUGUGAGUUUGCCCGGCAAGAGCUGGAGUAUUUUGGGCCAUUACGUUACGUCGCAAGGCAUUUGUCCGCUCGCGGACAAAGUACAAGCCAUUCAAGAUUGGUCGGACCUCACGUGUACUACCGACGUCCGCUCCUUUCUUGGCUUAGCAUCAUACUACAUGCGCUUCGUCAAAAGUUUCCGACGGAUUGCUGCACAUUGUCGUGACUCGGUCCCCCUUGGUGCCCUUCGAGUUCAAUAACGAAGCCUGACACGCGU